AUGUUUGAGAAUUUUACAGAUCUCAGUGGUUUUCUAUUAUUUGUUGCAACGAAGAAACUCUUUCUCGAGGGCAGAUGCGAGCUCUUCUUUGAUAGAAGGGAUCAGGGAGCUAAGUUCCAGCGUCGAAGUGGAAUGAGUAACUCUUUUGUUGGAGGUGGAUCAAGUGCUUGCCAGUACUAUGGAGACAUUGAGUAA